AUGUCUAAAGAGUUGCUUGGAACUCUCAUCAUCGUCGUGUUGAAGGCGAAGAACCUCCCAGAUCCGCACUCGUUCUACAAAUCCGAUGUCUACACGCAGGUGUCGCUAAACAAUGAAAGCAAGUCCACUCCGGUGGACGUCAAGGGCGGACAACACCCUGUGUGGGAUGCAGAGCUUCGGUUCCCUGUCAUGAAGGACAGUGCCGCAAAGUUUCGGGAACUCAAGGUAUCAUGCUGGUCGAAGGAGCCUCGAACUGAUGAAAAGCUCGGGGAGGGAAAGAUUGACAUUACUGAGACUCUGAAGACAGGCGAAUUCGAUGAUUGGAUCAGUCUGUCAACCCCAGAGGCAGGUGUGAGAGGAGAUGUGUAUCUAGAAAUGACCUUCUACGCCGCUGCCCCGAUGCCUGCCACAUCAAACCGUCUUUCUGCGGCACCGGGUGCACAGCUCCUUCGUCGGCCGUCCAAGCUCUCGCAGGCGGACCGGCUUUCGCGUCCUGCUACCAAACCUUCCCCCUUAUCUACCAACGGAUCCCAAUUCACUCAACCAGAUAAUCGAAUUCGCCGAGAGCUGUCUCCGCUGCGUAAUAAUCAGCUUGCUUCUGGCCAUGUCUCACCUCCGCAUCCGAGAUCAACUUCUGUGUCACUACAGCGUUUGAAUGCGCCUCUGCCGGAGGAGCCGGAUCGCAUGCAAUCCCCGCCCAUCCCAUCGACUCUUCUUCCGGGGGCUGGGAGAGCGAAGCCAACACCUCAACCCGUUCAGCCUGCCCAGCUUCCGACGGGUGCCCUUCCCGCGAUCCUCAGACCAGGUAAUCCCAAUGCUCCCGCUCGCACCCCUGUGCCGACAGCGGCUCCCCAAGAGCACGCCGUACAACCAUCCCAUAACUCUGGUCAGCCUUCGUCAUAUUACCACCAUCCACCGCCCGAGCAGCCCGCACACCCCGUACAGCCAUCCCACAACCCUGGACCACCUUCGACGCAAUACGCUCCUCCCAUCGAACCCCAGAGACAGGUCAGCUAUGGCCAGGUGACCGGCAACCCUUAUGCAGAGCCUCAUAUAAGGCCUCAGAGCCAACACGCCAACGCUGGAUACGGAUCACCGCCUGUCCAUGCCGCCACCACGCCUGUACCACAAGCCGUCCCAGAGUUGUGGAGAACGUAUGAUGCCUCAGCUCCCUUAUCGUUUCCCGUCCCAGCCGUUUCCCCCGUGCGAGAGAGCUAUCUGCAUCACUCGCCCCCUGCGUCGCACACGCUUGGUCCCAGAUCGCCAGGGCCUACAUUUACUCCUACUCACAGUUGGGGACGAGAGCCACGCGACAUCCAGGACAUACACCGUCAGACACGAUAUCAGUCCCCCCUUCCGCUCCCUCCAUCAGCAACGACCGUUGGAUCUAGCCCACCGCCUGCCCAAAUAGUGCAACCAGCGGCACCGGCACCGGCGCCAGCGCCAGCACCAGCAAGACGGUCUUCAACAGACGCGGCGCUGCUGGAAGCCCAUCGUAAGGCCGAAAGAGAGGCAGCUCAGCGGAAAGAGCAAGAAGACAAAGACUUAGAACUUGCCCGCCAGUUGGAUAGAGAGUUGAAUCUAUAG